CAGAAUGAAUGAGCGCUAGAACUACGCAGCUGAUCCGCUGUGUGGGACCACCUUUGGGAGUUACUGAGACAGACACAGUGAAGCUUUCAGCUGAUGAGGAACACCAGCAAAAUGUGGCGGCGGCAGCAGUGGCCAGGCCUCGGCCACACGCUGAAGAGCGGGGAGAUGGGAUGCCGAGGCGCCGGAGGAACAUGGGAAACCGGAUGAUGGCCCAGAGGAGAGCGCAGCAGGCGGAAGACUGGGUGGAAGAGGAAGAUGAUGCUGAGGAUGUGCCAGAAUUUCAGGUGUCUGGGAAAAUCGGAGCAAAGAAGCAGAGGAAAUUAGAAGAGAAACAAGCCAGAAAAGCACAGAGAGAGGCUGAAGAAGCAGAGCGAGAAGAACGGAAAAAACUUGAGUCAAAAAGAGAGGAGGAAAGGCGGAAAGAAGAGGAGAGAAUACGUCUUGAGGAAGAACGACAGGAAGAGGAAAAAAGGAAGGCAAAGGAAGAAGAGGAGAAGAGAGAGUAUGAAGAGUACCUGAAGCUGAAGGAGAGUUUUGUAGUUGAAGAGGAAGGGGUUGAAGAAUCAAUGACAGAGGAAGAGUCUCGCAGCUUUCUAAUGGAAUUUCUCGAAUAUGUGAAGAAAACAAAGGUAAUCCAGCUGGAGGACUUGGCUUCACAUUUGGGUUUAAGGACACAGGAUGCAAUUAACAGAAUCCAGGACCUGAUGGCAGAUGGCAUUCUAACAGGUGUGAUUGAUGACAGAGGAAAGUUCAUCUACAUCACUCCAGAGGAGAUGGCUGCCGUGGCGCAGUAUAUCAAACAGAGAGGACGAGUCUCCAUCGCAGAGCUGGCCCAAGCAAGCAAUUCCCUGAUCAACCUCCAGCCUGACAGCCGAGCGGUUGCUCCAACUGUGGCAUGAAACUGUGGCGUGAGAAGAAUACGGCAGGAGUUUAACCUUGUAAUGAAUGAGCCUCACAAAGCCAAACAAGAACCCCUCUAGUCUAUCCCCCGCGCUUGAAGAUGGGAUGCUCAUUUUGAGCAUCAGCGACAAGACUUGAUCAAAAGUUUUGCUUUUCAUUCUGUUAGAGCUGGUAUGAAACAGGACAGUCAUUUGUACAACGGAGGCGAGCCGAGAGCUUGAGGCUAAAGCACUCUGAUGCACCUGUACCCCAGGAACAUCAGUAAUUUUUACGUGGUGACUUCCUCUUGGCAGCCAGUCUCAUGUGACUAUACCCAAACUUUGUAUUGUUUCCAGAUUCUGAUGUCUGUAUCGAGUAUGUUUGCUCUUGAUUGCAUUCAGAAUCCUCCAGGCUUGCUCUGCGCUUACGGGGCUGUGUAACUUUGUGGCAGUGGUGUACACAGCCCAGAAUAGUAGGUGUGUAGGGGUGAGACUUGCAGCUUUUGUCAUCUGUAUCAACAUUGGAAGGACAGAGUACAAAGAAAAUGCUGCAAGCGUGUCUCUGUUCCUACUGAAAUAUAUACUGAAACUCUAGAAAGAGUAUGUUGAGAGAACUCCCAGAGCCUACUGCAGAAAACCUUUGCUAUAUAAAUACAGGUUUGCUUGGUUUAUAGAACGUCAAGUUUGCUCGCAGCCAAGCUGCGUUAUUUUUUCUGUAGCCAAGAGACAGAAACACCUCCACGGAAAGGCUAAAUCGCCUCAUUUAUCGUGCAGGCCAACUCUGCUGAUACUAACCAGAUUCUGAUGAUUCAUCCUUUGAAGUAAGAGCCAGCUCAGUGUAUCUGAAGGCCUCGGACACCCCCACCCCACGGCCUUUGUGUUCUGGAUGGGGUUUUUUUUAAAAAAUAAAAAAUUCCAGCACUGUGAGUCAUGCAAUUAAGGUUACAAGUAAAUGUUUAUUAAUAUAUUAAUUGCAGGGGUCAGUGUAUUUCCUGCCUGAGAAUAUUUAUUUUUUUAAUAGCCUAACUGAUGCUUUGUUAAUUCUCCUUUCUGAAUUCAACAGAAUCUAUGUGGGUAUCCAGUAGCUGGGGAGGGCGAGAGGGGCUGGUUUUGUCUCCGCCAAACUUAGAGAUAACUUGAGUAGACUGAAAGCUGCGUUAUGGGCGAGAUGAGAUAGCAAUAAAACAAUGGAAGGAAGAAGCAUAUUUCCUUUUUGAAUCUCUGCGCUACUGCUGAGUGUGACACUCCGCAGGGGUGCGGCGUUACCGUGCGGCACCGCGUGCUGACGUGAAAGAUCAGGAUGUCCUUACUGUGUUGCACAACGAUAACCGGGCAAAAAGAUUGAGAUUUGAGGCUGGGAAAGUCUCUUAAUAAUUCCAGGUUUGAUUUUGCCAUGAUUUUUUUUUGCUCUGUCCCAAACUAUC